CAGAUCCAGGUGUCGGAUCGACUUGUUGUGUCUGGUUGAAGGAGGUUUUAAAUCGCGGUGGAUCAUACUAAACCAAGAUGGUACGUGAGUCGUGUGGUGUUUUAAGUGUUGGACGACUCUUCGGGGUCGUUUUGCAAGGGAAAAAGUGAAUGGAAGUGGAGUGAUGUUUGGAAAAAGAGUAUGAAAUAACAUGGGAUGUGGAGAUGUCGUAAGGUCGAAAGUUGCGUGUACGUGGGUUUGUUUACAUCGAGUCAACGUGGGACAGAAGUGAGGAUUACGUCUUCUAUUUGACUCUUUUAAGGACUCGCAGGCGGACAAAAUGGUGAAUGUACCCAGUCCAGACGCACCUUCGCAUCAAGUGCAAGAAAGCACCCAGAACCACAAGGUCUCGCAAUACAAGAAGUCCAAGGAACGCAAGUUUGCCCAGGUCUCGCCCGUUACGACGAGGAAGCAGCAGGUCUGUCACGCAACAAAGCCUAUCUUCAGAAAGAAGGCCAAGACCACCAAGAAGAUUGUGCUGAAGAUGGAAUGCAACAAGUGCAGAAUCAAGUCACAGCUCCCCCUUAAGAGAUGCAAGCACUUUGAGCUUGGAGGUGACAAGAAGAGGAAGGGACAGAUGAUCCAGUUCUAAGCUGUGUUUGCCUUUAGUAAAGAAAAAAAAAAUCAA